AUGAAGGAUCUUCUAUGUGUGUUAAUGGCUAUUGUCUCCCUAAUGACAACAAAUGGACAAUGUCCACCGGAUGUUGGAAAUAUAUCAAUAACUACCUGUAGAAAUUCAUUGGAAUCGGGGCCACGGAUCUACGUGGACUUUAACAAAAUUAACCAAACAUGCGAAUGUACUGUGACCUCAGGAUUUGAUGGGGAUUUACUUGUGACAGCGGAAACAUUAACAAUAGCAUCAUGUAAUACGAAAGUGGUAGUAAAUGGAAGUCAUAGAUUUGGCUGUCCAAUUUCACAGGGAGCGUCAGUUACGUUUAAAUUGUCAUUAUACCAAUUUAUAAAUGUACAAGCAGAAUACUCACCACCAUCUUCACCAGGAACCUUUUAUCAAUGUCUAGAAUUUCAAGAAAACGGUGGUAAUCGCGGAAACGUUGGUAUAACAUGUUAUGUUCCAUCAACAAGAUCAACAGGAUCAUAUACAGCAUCAACAACAAGGAAAAUAUCAUCAACAUCAACAAAAACAGCAUCAACAUCACCAACAACAAAAACAGCAUCAACAUCACCAACAACAAAAAUAACAGCCUCAUUAACAUCAACAAAGAUAGCAUCACCAUCAGCAUCAACAACAACCACUACAACUAUCAAACGAUUCACACCACCAUCAUCAUCUUAUACUGUACAAUCAACCGAGUCUACAUCACAUUUCACCAAUAAUAAUACAACAGAUAACCCAAUGAGCUUUGUUACAAGCAUUGCUGUUCCGUAUUCUUCGUCAACAGAGUCGACUCAAGAUGAUCCAAAGGAAAUGAUAUACUUUAUAGCUGGUUCUGCGGCUGGAGGUGUACUACUUCUUACUGGACUGAUGAUUUUCAUAAUGUUAAAGAUAAACAGAUCAAGAAAAAGAAGUAAAAAAGUUGAAAAUAAGAAAGAAGACGGCGCCCACACAAAUGAAGUAUUUGAUUACAACAAUGAAUUAACAGAAAACCCUCUAUACAUCACAUCUGAAUCUGCAGAGGAAACGGAGAACACACCAGGAAAACAAUAUGAACUUGGCUUACCAAACAAUAAACCUAUAGAUCCAAUGUCUGUGUAUGCAGCGCCAAAUAAAAAUAGAAAUCAUCAGCAAAUGACCAGUAGUGGAGAUGUGUAUGCGCAGGUGUAUAAAUAAAACGUUAGCACUUCGAAGGAUGCUGUCAGUGUGCAAAUUUAAACCCAAGAUACCGUUGGUCAUAUGAAGGUUAAAUAAUUCACGACCAUAAAACAAAUUUAAGAAAAGUAAAUGCAUCCCAAUUUUAAUUUUAGUCUUUCUUUAUACAAUUUCUGGGUUUUUUUAAUAUUAAAGUAGAAUAUUAAUCAUUUAUACUAUUCUCGAUAAUGUUAUAUAAUUUUUUCAUUACUAUUUGAGUUAUUUUCUCCAUGUAGCUUUAGCCAAAAAAAAUAAGAAUGUUGAAGUGCAUGACUGAAAGGUCAGUCUAUUUUUAUUGUCAUUCUUCAAAAAUGUGUAAGUUAAUGUAAAAGAGUGUUUGUACAUUUAGCUUAGAUGCACAAACAUGAGCAUUGCCAAAUACCAAGGCAGUUAGCCUUAUUUAACUUACAUAUAUGAGAUUAAUUUUCUUUGUUAUAAAAUGAGAAAUAUUUUCAUUGCAUCACAAUUAAAAC